GAGUUGUUGAGCUGUGUGCAUUGGUUAAGCCAAGGCCGUAUAAGAGGAUUAAGCUUGUUAUUAAACGUAGGUAACAGAUCAUUUUUAUCUUGAUUUAUGGUUGAGUCCAUAGAAAUAUGUAUAUCUACAUGGUUGAGUCGAUAAUACUUCAUAAGAACAUCAAUUGAAAGCAGUGCAACAAUGGCUGCAUACAUAGGACAAAAUGAAGGGUCCUUGUGGAUGGGAGAUAUUGCUGACUACAUGGAUGCAAAUUUUAUCACAGCAGCAUUUGCUGCAAUGGAUGAGGCAGUCAGCUCAGUCAGGCACAUCAAGAACAAGUAUAAUGGCUCCAAUGCAGGAUACUGUUUUGUGCAUUUCAAGGAUAAGCAGACUGCCACCAGAAUCAUGCACAAACUCAAUGGCAAAAUGAUACCCAACUCUCAACCGCCGACGCGGUUUAUGCUGAAUAACUCGAAUGCCGGGCGGACCGGACACGAGCGCGAGUACUCCAUCUGGGUGGGCGACCUGGACAAGAGCGUAGACGACUCGCAGCUGUACCUGGCGUUCGCCUCCCGCUACAGCAGCGUGAGCGCGGCGAGAGUGGUCAUGGACCGGGUGACGGGCGUCAGCCGCGGCUACGCCUUCGUCCGAUUCAGCAACGAGGACGACCACAAGGAUGCUCUGGUUCACAUGAACGGCUUCAACGGGCUGGCCAACAAGCCAAUCCGUGUGAGCCUGGCGGUGCCGCGCAAACCCAACGCCGGCCAGGACGGCUCGGCUCCCAUGCAGGGACCUCCGCCGGCGGGCGGCCCAAACGCUGGCGACGGCAGCGACUACAACGCCUACUACAACCAGUACUGGUACAACUACCAGGCCUGGCAGCAAAACUACGCGCCCUAUGAUGCCUCCGCCGCUUCAGGGUACCAGCCCCAGGCGUACCAGGGGUACGACCCCGCGGCGCAGGCGGCGGCCGCCGCUCCUACCGCUGUGGCUCCAACUGUGGCUCCGGCGGCGGUCCCCGCGGCGGCUCCGGCAGACACCAGCGCCACCGCAGCGCAGCCAGAAGUGGGCGACGCUCAGGAGGACGACGAUCAGGUGGUAGAGCACGAUGUUCCCGCCGACCUGGAGGGCCAGAACCGGGAGUACGUGCGGCGCAGCGAGGAGUUCUGGGACGCUCUGGAUACCUCCCGCUGGCUCCAACCGGACGCCCUCAACCCGGCGCUGGAGCUCUUCAUCAAAACGUGAUCCCGCUCACCCCAGCUGUCAUCACACAUCUUUGGACCUUUUUCGUACAGGACGAGUUCGAGUUUGAGCUCUUUGAGUUGUCUGCCUGUCGCAUCCAUCGGAACAGCCUACCUACCGUUCGGAGUCUAUGAGCACUUAGUGUCAAAUGUCUGCGAUUAUCGCCCAAAAUGACAGAGCGUAUUGUUUCGACACGUCCUGUGCCAUGGGCGCAAUGUUUGUGUGAAAAGUCAUCGAUGACGGUGUAUACGGAUAGGUUUUGGGCACGUCUCUAUGGGUGUGUGCACUGCGCAGUACGUACGCUGAUCUCGGGCACCGAAGGACUGGUACGAAUCGCCGUGUGUCGGGUCUAACGGCUCGCAUUGAACCUGGGAUAUUCGAUUUUGGGGUAUGCGGCGCCAUGUCGGCUGGUUCUUCCGAGCCAACCAAGCGUCAUUGGCAUCAUGUCUCAUCUGUCCUAGCCGUGAAUAAACACGUGCUUUGUG